AUGAAUCAGGCCCGUUGGUGGGUUGACCUUUUCGGGGACUUUAUAUCGAUAAUUAUAUCUGCUCAAUACGAAGUGAGGCAAUCAUUUUGCCCCGCGUUUCCUGUCAUCCACCAACCUCAACACCCCACUUCGCUCUUCGCUUUCGACUUCUUCCAUCUUACGCUUGGGCGGUCGAGCGGAGGGAUCAAAUUGUGUGGCUCCGUUGAUUCAACACCAGGUCAGGUGUCACAUGCUCCGCAACCCCGCUAUCAGGAGCCUGGUCUUCGGGUUCCGAGAGAACUGUCCGCUCCGUCCUCGAAAGCAACCUCGAAAAUUGAAACACCACAUGGUGCGAUGAAGAUACGUCCUGCAUCAGGAGCACGUACCUGGGGUCCUUCAAUUGCCGGUGCUGACAAAUCGCUGAUUGGUCAGCACAUCCAUUAUUCUCACCCAAGCAUGAGGUUCAAAAUCGAUGCUUGGUUUCAUCUGAGCAGAAGAAAUAACCUUUAUUGA